AUGUUUUGGUCCUUGCGGCUGCACACUCCAUAUUUUUUCCCGUCGUCAAUUUCGGGUUCUCAGUGGACACGAGUUCAAGAAGCGAAGAAGGUCUUGCACGCCACAACUGGUCUUGCGGUCGGCGUCAAAAGACUGUCCACGUUUCGGAAAGAAUCGUCAACGGCACUGAAGCCAAGCAUGGUGAUUGGCCAUGGGUUGUUGGGCUCUACAACAAGAGCUCAUGCACACAUCUGCGGAGGGGUGCUCAUCAGUGAACGGGUAGUCUUGACUGCAGCCCAUUGCGUUAUGGAUCUCCAAGCCGAUACUAUUAUGGUCUUCCUCGGCACUUCAAAAAAACCCAAGAGUGACUUUCCCCAGUCCCUUGCGAUAUCGUGGAGUAAUGAAUCUUAUUAUGACUACGAAUUCGGGAACAACACAUAUGCUUAUGUUGACGAUGCUAAGACUUCUCAAGAUAAGCAACAUGUUGAUCUGCAAGAUCCCAAAGGCGUACAUAUGGAAGUGGAAGACAUAUGCGUGGCACUUCAAGACAGCGAUUGUACAGCGAUGCCCAGGAACAUCGCUAUAUUAAAGUUGAAGGAGAGUGUAACAUUCACCGACUACAUACAACCGAUAUGUCUUCCUGAGGAGUGCGAAGAACCUCCUUAUGACGCUACAAUUUACGUAGCAGGCUGGGGAAGAGCCAUUGAAAAAAUGGAGCUGGAGUCUUACGAUGAUUAUUCAAGCUCGUACCAAGACGGGGAAAGUGAGAACGACUAUACGGAGGUCUCCGCAAAUAAGACUUGGCAGUUUGUCCAGACCCUGUCGGAGAACCUAAUGCAAGCGCAAGUGAAAUAUAUUUCACUCGAGGAAUGCAGGAAGAUAAGUAAUCGCAGCCUGCCCAAUUACACUGUUUGUUCUAAGCUGGAGGAGGGAGGUAUAUGUCACGGAGACAGCGGGGCCCCCUUGAUGUUUCAGAAGUGUGGGCAAUGGUUCCUUGAUGCCCUUGGAGUGUCAUCAACCCAGGAUUGCAUCUACGACGAGGAUCCGUAUCCGUACCAUUAUAUCAGAGUGUCCUACUUCAUACAAACGUUUAUUGAACCCUAUCUGCGUUCCUUACGCCAAACAGGUGGAGACACAAGUUCAUUGUGCGCCAACAGAUCUGCACUACAGGAAUGCUUCCAACAAUUUUUCGAGGACGAAAAAAAUGUCAAGUACAACCGAAAUAAGAAACACGCCUCAUGA